GUAGAAUAUGAGUAAACUAAUUUAGAUCAAGAACACACUCAAUUCCUCAAGAAAUGGCUCUAAAAAACUAUGUAAAAAGUUUAUGGAAUGAUGCAAUGUAAAGCUAUGAAAUGUGUGAGGAAUGGUUGUUAAAAGUAGACCCAAAAGACCCCUAUUUAUACCCAAAAAUGAUGUGUAACAGAUGGGAGUUGUAACACCCUAAUCCGUCCAGAAAUCCAAGGUUUAUGACUACAGCGAUAGAUUUAGGAAGAGAAUUGGUAAGGAGAAAAAUAAGGCUUACAUAUGGAGGGGGCAACGUUGGCCUUCAAGGAGCUGUUGCUUCAACAAUUUAUACCAAUGGUAGUAUAGUUAGAGGCUUCAUACCAGGGUACAUAGCAGCACGACAGGUCUAUGGUCCUACAUACGGUGCAGAGUACACCGUUUCCAGCAAUUACUACAAGUAUUUUGAGAUGAAUCAUGUGGUGGAGGCUUUCAUCAUACUUCCCGGAGGAAUUGAUAAUAUGGAAGAUGACGCAGUGAGGCAGAACUUCAUGGCUUCUAGUCAGAGAAAACUUUUCAUUUCUUCUUUCUUUAUUGAUGAGCUUUUAGACAAGCUAGCGUUUUCUAAAGCUUUUCCAGGUCCUGGGGCUAGUUACGACGAGUUUACAAAUCCUGGGAGAUUAGACUUAGAGUUGCAUUUGUAAUAUUACUUUAUGUAAUUUCAUUUGAAUUUAUGUUGGAAUAAUAUUGUCCAUGAACAUUAUGAGUUAACCAUAAAUAUUAUUCUAAGUU